AUGGGGGACGGCGACCACGUUCGCGAGGACAACGGCACUUGCGAAGAGCGGCCCCAGAAACGUGCGAGGCUAGAAGAGGCCAAUCCGAAGUCCGCGCCGACGGCGCCCAUUGCGCCCAUUGCGCCCGCCGCACCCGUGGACAGCGAUCUAGACAGGGAGAUUCGUGCGGGCAUCACCGAGUAUGUGUCUCCCGACAACUUGGGCUUCGAGGGCGUGUUGAAGAGGCGGUAUACGGAUUUCCUGGUGAAUGAGAUUGGGCUGGAUGGGCGAGUGUUGCAUCUGGUGAGCUUGGGGGUGGGGAAGAGGGGGAAUGGAAGGGAUAAGUCUAGUGUGCAGAAUGGGGAUGCUGCGGUUGCACAUCAUGGAUACAUUAUCAAGGAGGAUGACGGAGAGGCAGAGAAGAAGGCGGAUGUGGUGGUGCAGGAGGAGGUUUCAGAUACAGCCAAGCACGAACCGUCUGCUGAGGAGACAAGGACAGCAGAGAGCAAGGAGGAAGCCGACGGCCCCCAAGUCUCGGACGACGACCUAAAAGCCCUGCAAGAGAUAUUUGGUGAAAAAGCGACUACGAAAAUCCUUUCUCUGGCCAAAUCCAUCCGCAAACACCCCACGUGGAAGGCCAAAGACUUCACCGCCGUGAUCGCUCCGCCUAUCGCCGACAAGGAGAAACGCACACAAGCGCACCAGAUGCUACGCAGGAUAUUCCCCACUAUGCUCGAAAGCGGCAUGGAGCCUGACCAGUCGAUACGGAUCAAGGCAUGCCCGCCGGCGCAGAGGGGGAAUAAGAAGCAACGAGGCAAUGAUAGGGAGCGGAACCCUGACCGUCAUAGAGGAGGGUUGGCAUGGGAAGAGCUAGGUGGAGAGUACCUGCACUUUACUCUCUACAAAGAGAACAAGGACACGAUGGAGGUGAUCGGGUUCCUUGGAAGCGUGACGGGUGGGGGACCCAAGAGCUAUGGCUUUGCUGGGACCAAGGACAGACGGGCGUGCACAGUCCAGCGGGUGUCUGUCAAGCGCCAGACGGCGGAGAGAAUGGCUGGCAUAAGCAAGAAGCUCUUCAAUGCCGCCAUUGGCGACUUUGAGUACAAGAACCACGGUCUUGGCCUUGGAGACCUGCUGGGCAACGAGUUCGUCAUCACGCUUCGGGAUUGCCAUUUCGAGCGAGAAGACGAAUUGGAACUCAGGGAUAGGCUCCAGCUGGCGAACGAGACCGUGUCACGAGCCGUCAAAGACCUCUGCGAGAGAGGCUUCAUCAAUUACUUUGGACUGCAACGCUUUGGUUCCUUCUCCGCCAGUACCGAUGCCAUUGGCGUCAAGCUUCUCCAGGGCGACCUGAAGGGAGCGAUUGACGACAUCCUAGCCUACAGUGAGGUGGCCCUAGCCGCGGCCGAGAGCACUGAACCAGACCCCCGGCUCCUCGUUUCACAAGACGACAAAGCCCGUGCGAAGGCGCUGCAUCUGUGGAAGACGACCCAGAACGGCAGCGAGGUGCUGAAGAUUCUGCCCAAGAAGUUCGCCGCCGAGCGCAACAUCAUUCAACAUCUCAGCUCGAGAAAUAGCAAGUCAGGGAGGUACGACCGGAAGACCGACUGGCAGGGGGCGUUGAUGACGGUCCCGCGGAACCUCAGAUUGAUGUACGUCCAUGCCUACCAGAGCCUGGUGUGGAACGUGGUAGCAGGCAGGCGAUGGACCACGUACGGGAACAAGGUCGUCGAAGGCGACCUUGUGCUUGUCAACGAGCACAGAGACAAGGUCGAAGGCGCGGCAAAGGUAGAACAAGACACCGUCGAUCAGGACGGCGAGAUCAUCAUCAACCCCGCCGGUGCAGACAGCGCUCUCGUCGACGAGGACGCCUUCGAGCGCGCUCGGCCCUUAUCCAAGGAGGAAGCCGAAAGCGGCAAAUACACCAUUUUCGACGUCGUGCUGCCGCAGCCGGGCUUCGAUGUCGAGUACCCGCGCAACGCGAUUGGGGAGUUCUACAAGGAGUUCAUGGGGAGCGUGCGAGGCGGUGGGCUGGACCCGCACGAUAUGCGCCGGAGGUGGAGGGAUAUCAGUUUGAGUGGAGGGUAUCGCAAGUUUUUGGCGAGGCCGCUCCAGGCCAUUGAGUUUGAGGUCAGGGAGUUUGUCAAGGAUGAUGAGCAGCUCGUGGAGACGGAUCUGCAGAGGCUGCAGAGGCAGGGGGCUGGCGCGAAGGAGAUGGAGAUGGAGAAAGCUGAGGGUGGUGGUGAUGGGGAGACGGCGGCGAAGGAAGAAGAUGGGGGAGGGGAAGACCAGGUGGACAGGAAGGUGGCUGUCGUGUUGAAGAUGCAGCUAGCAUCCAGCCAAUAUGCUACAAUGGCUUUGAGAGAGCUAAUGAAGGCGGGUGGCGUGAAGGCCUACAAGCCAGAGUUUAUGGGUGGUAGAUAGGUUAGGAGUGUCCCCAAUAGGGGGACGAAUGCACGCAAACACCACCAC